CCUGACUGGUGUCGUGAGGUAAAAUUAGGCGGGAAAGGACUGCGAGGGCGGCGCUUGCUCUCUCUCCCUCUCCCCUCCUCCUUUCCCUUCCCAGAAGCGGGUGAUGGCGGGUGUGUGGGGCUCCCGCUUGGCCCGGAGCCACUUCCUGGGCGGCUUCCUCUGCGGGGCCACAGCCUCAGGCCUGGCCGCCAUUCACCUCCUCAGGAAGAGGCCGAAACAGGCCCCGAGCGAUUCUCUGACAGAAAAGCCACCGAAGCCGCCGCCAUUGUUGCAAGACGAACCCCUGAUAGAGCCUGUGCUGGAAAAAUAUGGAUUUCCCAAUGCUGGAACUCAGGUCAGAUAUUAUACCAAUCAUGCACUGUCUUAUGAUCAGGCGAAACGGGUACCUAGAUGGGUGAUUGAACAUAUUUCCAAGCAGAAGACCUUAGGCAGUGCAGACAGAAAACAUUGCAAAUUUAGACCAGAUCCUAGCAUCUCUCCGAUGUUCAGUGCCAUGAAUGAAGACUACCUUGGGAGUGGCUGGUCGCGAGGUCAUAUGGCACCAGCAGGAGACAACAAAUACUCACCAAAAGCUAUGGCAGAGACCUUCUACCUGUCCAAUAUUGUGCCUCAAAACUAUGAGAAUAAUGCUGGAUUCUGGAAUAGAAUAGAAAUGUAUUGCCGAGAACUGACAGAGAGGUUUGAAGACAUUUGGAUCGUUUCAGGACCUUUGACAUUGCCUCAGAUGGAAGGCGAUGGGAAGAAAAGAGUUACUUAUCAGGUAAUUGGAAAAGAUGACGUGGCUGUACCUUCGCAUCUGUACAAAGUGAUUCUCGCCAGACGCAGCAAAACGUCCGCUGAUCCUUUGGUCCUUGGAGCCUUUGUGGUGCCCAACGUCCCCAUCGGCUUUGACCACCAGCUGCUGGAAUUCCAAGUUAGCAUCGAGGAGUUGGAGAAAAUGUCAGGCCUUGUUUUCUUCCCACGGGUGAAUAAAAUCGAAGAUGUUCGAGAUCUCUGCGAGAUUGAUACUUGCAAACUGAUGAGCUUGGAGGAGUUCACUUUGUAUAUUGCCACUCGGAAGCUGCGGAGCGCCAGGACACUGGAAAGGUUGGAGAAGAUUAUGUCUGAGUUACAGGAAAAGGAAAUCAAGCCUGAUGAAUAUCUCUUGAAGGUUUACGAGAAGAAGAAAGGAGAAUUAGCCACGCAAAAGCCAACAGAAGCUAGAGAAGCAAGAGCUGGUUAAUAGUCUCAUUAUGGGGAAAACAUUUUAAUGUGUGUAUUUUCAGUACGGAGUUACCAUGCAGGCAGUGUAAUAUAAUUAAAAAGAAAACUUGAAGCCUUUUACUCGAAGCUGUAUUCCUCUUGUAAAAGCUCAGCAAUUUGCGAGGAGAAUGCCCUCUCCCUUGGUUGGUGACAGCUUGGCAACUGGGUUUACAGAAACAUGAAAAUAGAAAAGGGUAAAUAGAAAAUAUAAAUAUGUGUCUUGAUACAAUGUUAUUUUCCCCAAAAAAUAUGUGGUUUGUUUCUUUUGCAUAAACACACAACUAAACCAUAGAAGAUUCAAAACUUUUCACGUUUUAAAAACCUAGUAUCUAUGAAAGAAAGUAAAUUAUCUGAUACUUUUUUAACACUGCCUUUCAUCUCUUCAACAAAAGCAGUUACCUUAAUUACAGGAACUUAUUAUCUCCAAAACUUUGAAAUGAUUGUUUAAUUUUGUGUUAUGUAAGUAACAUUCUUGUAUACAGAUAAAACAUCUGGAAAUGGGUUGUUGUGAAUUUUUGGGGCUGUAUGGCCAUGUUCCAGAAGCAUUCCCUCCUGACAUUCUCUCAACAUCUGGAAAUGUUGUGUGUUCUACCAGGGCAACUGUAUUUGUGGAGUGAAAUUCAAUGUCAGUCCCAACUGGAGAUCCAUUAAAUCUAUGGAUUGCUGUGAGUUUUCCAGGUUGUAUGGCCAUGUUCCAGAAGCAUUAUCUCCUGACAUUCCGUCCACAUCUAUGGCAGGCAUCCUCAUAGGUUGUGGGGUCUGUUGGAAACUAGGCAAGUGGAGUUUAUAUAUCUGUAGAAUGUCUAGGGUAGGAGAAAGAACUCUUGUCUGUUUUAGGCAAGUGUGAAUGUUGCAAUUGGCCAGCUUGAUCAGCACUGAAUGGCAUUGCAGUUUCAAAGCUUGGCUGCUUCUCACCUGGAGAAUUGUUUGUUGAGAGAUGUUAGCUGGUCUUGAUUGUUUCUUGUCUGAAAUUCCCCUGUCUUCUGAGUGUUGUUCUUUAUUUACAAUCAGGACCAGCCAACAUCUCCAACAAAGAAUUCUCCCAGGCAGGAAGAAGCCAGGCUUUGAAGCUGCAAGGCCAUUAGAUGCUAAUCAAGCUAGCCACUUGCAACAUUCACACCUGCCUCAAACAGACAAGAGUUCUUUCUCCCACUAUGAACAUUCCAGAGAUAUAUAAAUUCCACUUGACUAGUUGACCUCACAACUUCUGAGGGUGCCUGCCAUAGAUGUGGGCAAAACAUCAGGAGAAAAUGCUUCUGGAACAUGGCCAUACAGCCCGGAAAACACAUAGCAACCCAGUGAUUCUGGCCAUGAAAGCCUUCGACAACACAAAAUAAAUGGAGUUUAUAUAAAUAGUG